UCGCGUGUCUUUCAGCUUUUUCAAAUUUCCUUUCUCGUUGUUGCAGUCAUGUCUGGUCGUGGCAAAGGCGGAAAAGGCCUAGGUAAAGGCGGCGCCAAGCGUCACCGUAAGGUUCUGCGAGACAACAUCCAGGGCAUUACCAAGCCAGCCAUCCGGCGCCUUGCUCGUCGUGGCGGCGUCAAGCGCAUUUCUGGCCUCAUCUAUGAGGAGACUCGCGGCGUUCUGAAGGUGUUUCUGGAGAACGUGAUCCGUGACGCCGUCACUUACACGGAGCACGCUAAGCGCAAGACCGUGACUGCGAUGGACGUGGUCUACGCUCUGAAGCGGCAGGGCCGCACUCUAGAAACUUCUCUUCACAGGAGCUCUUCUAGGUCGCUCAUGGCGCGUACUAAGCAGACUGCCCGGAAAUCUACAGGCGGUAAAGCGCCGCGCAAGCAGCUGGCAACCAAGGCGGCGCGUAAGAGCGCUCCGGCAACCGGCGGCGUGAAGAAGCCCCACCGCUACCGCCCCGGUACUGUGGCUCUGCGCGAGAUCCGUCGGUACCAGAAGUCCACCGAGCUGUUAAUUCGGAAGUUGCCGUUUCAGCGCCUGGUGCGAGAAAUCGCUCAAGACUUCAAGACCGACCUGCGCUUCCAGAGUUCGGCCGUGAUGGCGCUGCAGGAGGCCUGCGAGGCCUACUUGGUAGGGCUUUUUGAAGACACCAACCUUUUGCUUGUGGUCAUGUCUGGCAGAGGGAAAGGAGGUAAAGGCUUGGGAAAGGGAGGCGCCAAGCGGCACCGGAAAGUGCUGCGUGACAACAUCCAGGGCAUCACCAAGCCCGCCAUCCGGCGCCUGGCCCGACGCGGCGGCGUAAAGCGCAUCUCGGGCCUUAUUUAUGAGGAGACCCGCGGGGUGCUCAAGGUGUUUCUGGAGAACGUGAUCCGGGACGCCGUGACUUACACGGAGCACGCCAAGCGCAAGACGGUCACCGCCAUGGACGUGGUGUACGCGCUCAAGCGCCAGGGCCGCACCCUCUACGGCUUCGGCGGCUGAGCCUCAUUCUGGCUUGCUGUUGACUGCUCUCCCACAAAAGGCCCUUUUCAGGGCCACCUCCUUCCUCAAACGAAGGGCCGUAACUGCUCACCACGAAGACGUAGGCGAUGUGAGUUUCCUUUUGUAAACUUUCUGGGGUUGUAGCAGAGUUAAACCAAGCCGUUUUGAGCGAUCCUCCCAAGAUGGCGGGUGUCGGGUGUGCCCCGGACAAAAGGAAGGCG